UAAAUCAAGAAAACCUCUCAAAAGCUGGGAUUAAUUCAUAUAACGACAGUGGAGGAACAACAUAUGAGUCAUUGAAUAAUACAUCCAUUAUGAAGAAUGGAGUCAUUCCAGAAGAAAUUAAUUCUCAGGAUACAAAUUUAUCAAAGACAAAAGAAAACUUUUCCUUGGUGAAAGAUGACAAUCUACAUAAUGGAGGACAUGAGCAAAGAGAAGAUGUGGAACAACCAAUAGAGCAUGUCAAUAUUACUGGAGAAAUUCUCAUACCACCAGGUGGAAAAACAUACAUAGUGAUCAUAUGCACAGCUGUAAAUCCUGGACACAGUAGAGAACUCCUGUUGCUUGGUUUUUCUGAUUUUACUGUUGGACGCUAUAUUGAAGCCACCGUAACAAGUGAGGAAGAAUUACUAAUAGCACCUGUGGAACCAUUUUCUCCAAGAAAGCCUAAAAUUAUUGCAGAACCUCAGCCAAGGAAAACAACAGUGGUUGCCCCUAAGUACAGAAGAAAUCACAGAAAGUAUUUGCCAAGCUUUCUCCCGCAUUAUACCAUACCAGAUGACUUAAGAAGGUGUGUGGAGCAGAAGUUAGACAUACUGACCUUUCAGCCUUUCCUAGCAGAGCCUCUUAAUCUAGAUAAUUAUAAAGCAAACUUUUCUACUCUCUUGUGGCUUGAAGAAAUCCAUGCAGAAAUGGAGAUGAAAGACUUUAACAUGAGUGGGGUUACUUUGAAAAGAAAUGGGAACUUGUUAGUAUUGGAAGUGCCAGGAGUAGAAGAGGGCAGACCUCGCCUGAUUACAGGUGAUAAGGUGAUACUGAAAAGUCAGGUCUACUCUGAGCAUAUAAUAGAGUACGUUGCCUAUAUUACUGAGAUAUGUAAUGAAGAUGUUACUCUUAAAUUUAAUGCAGACUUUGAACAGACUUACAACUUGGAACCCAUGGAUGUGGAAUUUGUUCACUGCAGGCUUACUAGCAGGCGAUGCCAUUUGGCAGUUGAGCAAGCUAUCUACCUGGGUGAAAAAGUGUUGUUUCCAGAAAGGCUUGUCUUACAAUCACCACAAGUUAUCAAGACCCAGAAUGCUACUGAGUAUUGUGGUGUUGAUGGUGGCCUUGAACAAUGUUCCCAGCAGGAACAUAAGGUCAAAAAACUGCAGAACCAACAAGCAAAAUACAUGGCAUCAAGGGAGAUGAACAUAACAGAUGCGAUAAAAGUAGCUGCGCAAACAAGCCAACUUGUUGGUGAAACUGUGCCACUUAAACAGAGAGCUGGUGAAUUUUUCAAUCCUAUGCUGAAUGACCAACAGAAACUGGCAGUGAAAAGGAUACUGAGUGGUGAAUGUCGUCCAACACCUUAUGUUCUCUUUGGACCACCAGGAACUGGAAAAACAUUAACAGUAAUUGAAGCUAUUUUACAGAUACAUUAUACUCUACCAGGUAGUCGAAUUUUGGUUUGUGCGCCAUCAAAUGCUGCAACAGAUCUGAUUUGCUUACGGCUGCAUCAAAGCAAUCUGUUAAAACCGGGAGCUAUGGUCCGAGUUAAUGCUAGCUUCAGGUCAGCAGAGCAAAUUGAUGACAUGGUGAAACCUUACUGCAAAGAUGGUGAUGAUAUUCAGAAAGCAUUGUGGUUCAGAAUAAUAAUUACCACAUGCAGCAGUGCAGGAAUGUUUUAUCAAACAGCAACACGGCUUGGACACUUCACUCAUGUGAUUCUGGAUGAGGCAGGGCAAGCAAAUGAACCAGAGAGCCUGAUUCCUAUUGGGUUGAUUUCAGAAGCUAAUGGACAGAUAGUUCUUGUUGGAGAUCCAAAGCAGUUAGGGCCAGUAAUAAAAUCUAAAAUUGCACUGACUUUUGGAUUAAAUAUGUCCUUGCUGGAAAGACUGACAUCAAGAGAGAUAUAUCUGAGAGAUGAGGAUGCUUUUAGUGCCUGUGGAGCAUAUAAUCCUUUGUUGAUCACAAAACUUGUAAAGAACUACAGGUCACAUUCUGCAUUGCUUGCCUUGCCAUCUAAAUUGUUUUAUCAUAAGGAGCUAGAAGUUUGUGCAGACACUUCAGUAGUAACUUCUUUGUUGCAUUGGGGGAAAUUGCCCAGGAAGGGAUUUCCAUUAAUUUUUCAUGGAAUAAGGGGCAGUGAAACACGUGAAGGUCACAGUCCUUCAUGGUUUAAUCCAACUGAAGCAGUUCAAGUAAUGCAGUACUGUUGCCACCUUGCUAAAAAUGAAAAUGCUGCAGUGUCAGUGACUGAUAUUGGAGUGAUUACACCAUAUCGUAAACAGGUGGAAAAAAUUCGAUUUCUUCUGAGAAGUAUUGAUUUGGCAGACAUUAAAGUUGGCACAGUAGAAGAGUUUCAAGGGCAGGAGUACAUGGUUAUCAUCUUAUCAACAGUGCGAUCUCAUGAAGGCUUAUUUGGUGAUGACAUGUACUGUUUGGGCUUUCUCUCUAAUCCGAAGAGAUUUAAUGUAGCAAUUACUAGAGCAAAAGCUUUGCUGAUUGUCGUGGGAAAUCCUCAUGCUCUUGUGAAAGAUCCCUGUUUUUGUGCACUGUUAGAAUACAGUUUAAUGAAUAGAGUUUAUGUAGGUUGUGACCUGCCUUCAGAGCUGGAAUGCCUGCAGAAUGCUCUUCAUAUAUGACUUCUCUUCCCUAACUGGAAGGUGCAGAUGAUGUGGAACUGCUAGAACUAAACAGACAAUUCCUUUCUGUCAUCUGAUUAAACUGCAGAUCUGCCUGGGAUUGAAGUCAACAAGAUUUGGUCUGGACUCAAAAGCCAAUCUUUAUUGUCCUGCUGCCUUCUUGUAGAGAUACCCUGAAAUAAAGUAAGUUAACAUUGUUUCCUCAGCAUGAGAAGAAGUGUUAACAGUUCAAGAUAGCUUUCCCUUCUGGUUUUCAUUCUUAUGUCCUAGUGUUUGCAUCACUCUGUGUAUUGCCAGGCAAGAGCAGAGUGCUACCUCUAGUCAUAACAUACUGAGGAAGGACUAACACGUCAUGAACAAGAAUCAGCCCUACAUACACCAUACCUGAAGAUACGGUAGUGAACGGUCUGGUGACACUGGUUUGAAUUGCACAUUAAUGUGGUCUCAAACAUGUUCCUUUUAUAAAUGAUGCUUCAAACAUUUUAAGAGUAAAUUAUUCAAAGAACCAGCUGGAAAUCAACUCUUACCUCACAUGGUAGGUACAUUUUAAAAAAUCUCUUGAAAACAAUGAAGUGCUUUAAAAGUACAUUCUCCUAUCUUUUCUUCUGUUAGUCUGCAGUGCAUCAAGCUCAUUGUUACUUCCUACAAAGUAAAAUUAUGUUUGAGACCCUGGAGCAAAUGUGUUCCAAAAAUGUCUAUUUUAGUAAUUACUUGUGCUCCUACUGUAAAAGGAAUUUGCCAUUUCCAGGUUUUUAUAAUGGAAGGUUUUGCAUUGGACUUGUGGCUGGAAACCUGUAGCAAGCUGUACCUUGUAAUCCACAAGCCUGAGGUAGCAGGUAUCUGUAUUCAGCCAAAAUUCCAAAUAAAAUUUUUGUCAGUAAGCCUUCAGCUGAAUGACAAAACAACUCCUCAAGGGAUUAUCUGAUGUAGUCUGAAGAUAGGGCCUAGACACAAAGAAGUAAAUUCACUCACGUGAGCAAUGCCAUUGAAAUUAAGGCAUUUUCCUAGACAGUGCUGAGCACUCCAUGCUCAAAGAAUAAUGUAAUUGAAGCUUGUAAGUAACCUCAUAGACUUCACAGACUUUUUGAACCUGCUUUGAGAAGCAAAGGGAAACUGUACAUCUGUUUAUUUCAAGAGGGUUUUUUCCCACAUCUCCUUUUUGUGCAGUAGGUUUGGGAUGUAUGCAGAAAGCCUCAUGAUGUUUGAGGAAGAUGUUGACUCAGUGUCCUGAGUGUCUGAAUGUAAAUGUAGACGACUAAUGGUAUGUUAAAAGUGUGAACAAACCCACAACUUCCAUGCGGUCAGACCUGUGGGGUUGUCAGUUUACUUAACUCAUAUGAAAGAUUGGUAACUGCAGAACAGGUUAAGAACAUGAGAAAUUAAAUCAUCCCAGUUUCCAGUUAAAGGUUAUCCCAAGCAUUUUCUCUUAAAAAAUAUCUGUGUACUGUUUGCAUCUGGAAAGCCAAGUUCUUACUGAGCGUUUUUGAUGCUUUGAAAAGCAACUGCUUUAUGUAGUGUAGAUACAGGUUCUGUAUAAGGACGUCAUCCACUCUCCACUGACUGCAAAGGAAGGAAUCCCAUUAAAAGCUCAGGAGGUAAUACAAUUUAAAAAAUAAAAGAAAAUAAAAUUUUCAGUAAGUGCAUUGUCUUUACAUCAGUGUGUAUUUGCAUGCAUUGAGGCUGAAAACCUUUAAAUUAUGACCUUCGGUCAGGUACUCAUCGAAUCUCUCCCUUUUUAACAGAACAUUACAGAUAUAAUGCAAAUUUUUGAACAGCUGCCUGCAUAUUUUGUGGUAAAUGUAUGCAGUGUAAUAAUCCAUUAACACCCGAGCAGUUCCAUUAGCACAGAUAGAAUGAGACAGGUACCUUCGCAAUUCUUCUGCCUCACCAACAUCAUCUGCGGCAGCAGUGCCUGGGGAGGCAUAUACCUCCCUCUCCCUAGCAAAGUACGAAAUUGCCGCACACCCUCUGGAGUGCCUCAGACUGAUCAAAUCCAUCGCAUUUAAAGAAAAUGCAUAGCCUGAUUUAACUCCCACUGCCAGCAGUUUCAUGCCAUGUAUUUUAGACUUUGGUAGCGUUACUCCUGCUUGCCAUUGGGUGAUGCAGAGCAACGUUUACACUGGCACCUUAUUUCUUUCUUCAGAUAAUAGGUUUUUGUAGGUUUAAUCAGGAUAACUGUUAAAGAUUGUUGCCACUAUGAUAUUCCUUUAAUAAUUUUUCCCAGCUUCAUUUCUUUUAGUAAUCAAAAAUGUGUAUUUAUCUUACAUUCAGAUAAGAAAAUACAUUAUGACCUAAUAUUGCAAAGACUAAUUUUCCUUUUGUCGUUUUAGGAUCACGAUGAACAACUACAGCCCACAGAUACUAAGCUGAAUGCCUGAAGGGCAGCAUCAGUUUUUCUGCAGAUACUAUCUGUCUUGCUUGACUUGACUGUUUUUUACUUGACUUUUUCUUCUAAUGUGAAAACUUCAUUAUAUACUAAUUUAAUUCUGCUCCAGCAGAAUCUUUAUUGAAUAAUCUAAGCCUAUAAGCUUUUUCCAUCAAAUACCUAUGCUGUUGUUAUUGUCAUAUAUCUAGCAGCUUGUGAAUCAGCAUAAAAGUUAUUCAUAUGCUGUGAUUUUCUGUAUCAAAAAGUAAGUACAUAUUAAAUAUCUUAUAAAUGCCUUCAAAAAGUCUAUUACAUCAAAUAAUUAUUUCAGAGUUUAUCAACCAAAUUUAUAAUUUUGUCCAAGUGCUUUUGAUACAAUUUGCUUCGAAUGUGAAUUUCUGGGUUCCUGGUGUAACACCUGAUCUUCUCUUCGGCUUCUCGGCAAAAUACAUCAGUUAGAAGAAGCUACAGCGACACAAUGGCAGAGCUGGAAAGCCUUUGGUUCCUGCCAGCAGAAAAUAUUACGUGAUCUGACGUUAGCAGGGUUGGGAAGAAGCCACAUCCAUUCCACAGCCUUCAACCUGGGGCAGUGUCUGCCCUUAUCUUGUUGAUUGGCAUUAGUUAUGAUACUGUACACAGCAUGGU